AUGGCCUGGGAAUUGACACCACUUUUGCUGCUUGUGGCCUGGGUAGCUGCUACGUACAGUGCCCGGGACAGGACAGACCUGCUUAACGUCUGCAUGGAUGCCAAGCACCACAAGACAAAGCCAGGCCCUGAGGACAAGUUGCAUGAUCAGUGUACUCCCUGGAGGAAGAAUGCCUGCUGCUCGGUGAACACCAGCCAGGAGCUACACAAGGACACCUCCCUCCUGUAUAACUUUAACUGGGACCACUGCGGCAAGAUGGAGUUUGAAUGCAAGCGCCACUUCAUCCAGGACACCUGUCUCUAUGAAUGCUCCCCCAACUUGGGGCCCUGGAUCCAACAGGUGGACCAGAGCUGGCGCAAAGAGCGUUUCCUGAAUGUGCCCCUGUGCAAAGAGGACUGUCAGAGCUGGUGGGAGGCCUGUCGGACCUCCUACACCUGCAAGGACAACUGGCACAAAGGUUGGGACUGGACCUCAGGAGUUAACAAGUGUCCAGUUGGGACCACCUGCCGCACAUUUGAGUCCUACUUCCCCACACCUGCUAACCUGUGUGAGAACCUUUGGAGUCACUCCUACAAGGCCAGCAACUACAGUCGAGGGAGUGGCCGCUGCAUCCAGAUGUGGUUCGACCCAGCCCAGGGAAACCCCAAUGAAGAGGUGGCAAAAUUCUAUGCUAAGGCCAUGAGUGGGGCUGAGACCCAUUGGGCCCAUCCUGUCCUGCUCGGCCAUGUUCUCCUGCUCUGGCUGCUCAGCUGA